AUGAUUGAAUACUUGUCUAAAUUUUUUUAUCAAUAUAAAAAAAUCUAAUAAUUCAAUAUCUUUAAUAACAAGGAGAUGAGGAUAGUAUGGUAAAAAAUCUCAUAAAAUGUGGACCAUUUUAAUAGGUACAAUCUUUUGAAGAUGUAUAUAUAAUAAAAUAUGCACAAGUUCCACUCCAUUGCCAUUUAGCAAUUUGUGUUCUCUUUUUCUUCUCUACCUCUCUAAAUUAAUCUCUCUCUCUCUCUCUCUCUCUCUCUCUAUAAAGGAUUUAAGAGAUGUUAGAAAGGGAGAGGAAGAAGAGAUAUGCAAUUUUAAUGUGUGGAGAGGAUUCAGAAUACUUGUUGAAGAGACAUGGAGGUUGCUAUGGUUUUUUCACAAAAAUGUUGGCUGAGAAAGGGGAAACAUGGGACCUUUACAAAGUUGUUAAGAAUGAGUUUCCUAAGGACGAUGAUGUUCCUUUCUAUGAUGGUUUUGUUAUCACUGGAAGCUGCCAUGAUGCACAUGCUAAUGACCCUUGGAUCCAUCAACUCCUCACUCUUGUGAACACAUUAAAUUCUCUAAACAAAAAAAUCCUUGGCAUUUGCUUUGGCCAUCAGAUAAUUGGGCGUGCAUUGGGAGGUAAGGUGGUUCGUUCAACUGCUAGUUGGGACAUUGGUGUCACAACCAUCAACUUCAUGUUACCAUCAUCAUCUUCUAAUAAUUCAUCAUUCAAUUUGCCAUCAAAGCUUUCAGUUUUCAAAUGCCACCGUGAUGAGGUUGUUGAUCUGCCUGCUGAAGUUGAGGUAAUUGGUUGCUCAGAAAAGACUGGAAUUGAGAUGUUUAGAUAUGAAGAUCACAUUUUGGGCAUACAAGGUCACCCUGAAUUUACCAUUGACAUUCUUUUGCAUUUUAUUGACCGCCUCACACGUCGUAAUUUAAUUCAGGAAGGUUUUGCUUCGGAUGUAAAGGUAAAGGCAGCAUCAAGGGAGCCAGACACAGAGGCAUGGAAAACACUUUGUCUCACAUUUCUUAAAGGUCAAUCAUGACCCACUCACCCAAAAUUCUGCUUUAAUUGUACUAAUAUUAUUAUUAUUAUGAUUGUUUUGUUACAAUCUAGUUGUAAUAAUUUGGUAAUUGGUAAUAAAUAUUAUUUUGUCUCA